GAAGACGAGAGAGAGGAAGAGUUGUCGACCAUCUCGGCCAUCUAUCCUGAACUACUCGUCGACCCAAACGAUACCUUCGCCGCUUCCUUACAUCUCGCCGUUAACCCCUCGAGUCCUCUCGCUUUGCGCUUUCCUUCGGCGCCACCACCAUCCCCACCAGACUCGGAGAAUGGCCAAAUCAAAAUCUCGUCUUUCGUUCCAGAUUUCGAUGAAUCCUAUCGUCUCGAACAUCUCCCCCCGCUACACCUAAAGCUUUCCCUCCCCGAAGGUUACCCUGCCGAGAAACCGCCAACCAUCGUCCUGUCCACAACACCAAAAUGGCUCCCCGACGACAAGUUGAAAGAGUUGGAGCGCGAGUGCGAAAAAUUGUGGGACGAAUAUGGUCGCUGCCAAAUUCUCUUUUCUUAUAUCGACUUCCUACAACAACAAGCCGAGCAGGCUUUUAACUUGGAAACCACUGGUCUCGACCUGCCACCAUCUCUGAAGCCUGCUUUGCUCGAUUAUGACUCCUCUACCAAGAAGGCUACAUUCGAUGCUGGCACCUUUGACUGCGGCAUUUGUCUCGAGCCCAAAAAAGGUUCUUCCUGCUAUCGCAUGCGUCGCUGUGGUCAUGUCUUUUGUCAGACCUGUUUGCAAGACUUCUAUAAUAAUUGCAUCACCGAGGGCGACGUUGGAAGAGUGCAAUGUUUAGACCCCACCUGUGGCAAGGACGGGCCGGCUGGUCAGAACAAGAAGAGACGAAAGGAGAAGACAUUACAUCCGAAAGAGUUGCUUGCGAUGGGUAUCGAAGAGACCAUGAUACGUCGCUAUGUCGACAUGAAGCGCAAGAAGAAGCAGGAAGCCGACAAGACGACUGUCUACUGUCCACGUACAUGGUGCCAAGGUCCUGCUCGCAGUGAGAAGUACCCGCCUAUUCCUCAAGAUCUAUCAUUGUACCCGGAAUCGUCGAGCGAAGAUGAAGACGAUACUGAGCCGCAGAAAAAGGGCCACUCUCCCUCUGACCGGCUAGCUAUCUGCAGCAAGUGCAGCUUCGCCUUUUGCAAAACAUGUUAUGCAGGUUGGCACGGCGAUUUCGCUCGUUGCUGGCCUCGCAACCCAGCAGAGCUGUCAGAGGAGGAGAAGGCCAGCUAUGACUACAUCCGCACGCACACCUCACCAUGUCCGACCUGUAGCAGUCCUACACAGAAGACUAUGGGCUGUAACCACAUGCGCUGUGUACAAUGCGCCACCCACUUCUGCUACUUAUGUGGUGCAUGGCUGUGCCCUGACAAUCCAUAUCAACACUUCAACAAGCCUGGUACCGAGUGCUAUCAGAAGCUAUGGGAGCUGGAGGAGGGUGACGAAGGUCAGGGAGGUGCCUUUGUUGGUGCGAGGCGCUGGGAGCAAGAGGCUCUGGCAGUGGCCCAGGCAGCAGACAGAGAAGAAGCAGAGGCUCUACAGCGUGAAGAGGACGAGGCCGCAGCAAGAGCGCUUGCAGAACAGCUCGAUGCCCAGGACAAUGCUGCAGCCAUCCCCCAGCCUGCUCAAGACAACAACGUUCAACCUGCAGCAGCAGAGGCCGCACAACAGCCAGCACGUAGAGGCGGAGCGAGACGCGCACGAGGUGGAAGAGUGGCUGCUUUAGACGGUAGACGAGCAGGCCCUGCACCUCAACAACAGCAGGUCCCACCCAAUCAGCAACAGAUUGACGCUGCAGCUGCAGCAGCAUUCAGACGAUUCGUCGAGCUGGCUGUUCGCGAUGAAGAAGACGGAUGGGACUCUGAUGAAUUGGAAGAC